GGCCGAGCGUGCUGCUGAGGCCGAGCGCGUGGCAAAGGAGGAGGCGGAGCGCAAGGCGGAGGCCGAGCGCGCAGCAGAGUCAGAGCGUGUGGCCAAGGAGGAGGCCGGGCGCGAGGCGGAGGCCGAGCGCCUGGUCAAGGAGGAGGCCGAGCGUGUUGCCGAGGCCGAGCGCGUCGCAGAGGCCGAGCGGUUGGCCAAGGAGGAGUCCGAGCGCAAGGCGGAGGAGGAACGUGUGUCCAAGGAGGAGUCCGAGCGCAAGGCGGAGGAGGAGGUCAAGCGCUUGGCCAAGAAGGAAGCCGAGCGCGUCGCGGAGGCCGAGCGUUUGGCCAAGGAGGAGGCUGAGCGAGUGGCGGAGGCCGAGCUUUUGGCCAAGGAGGAGGCCCAGCGCGUGGCGGAGGCUGAGCGCAUUUCCAAGGAGGCUGAGCGCACGGUGGAGGCAGAGAAUCCACCAGCGCAGGACCUAGCGGAUUGGCUGGACGAGGCGCAAGUUGAGGAAGCGCAGCCCGCAGCGGUGGAGGCCCCCUCGGCGGCAGACACGCCGACCGAACAGCCAACGGCUGCGCGGCAGGCAGCAGCAGCGCCCGCACCCGCAGCGCCGUCGCAUGAGGCGCCCACAGCGGUUUCCGCGCAGCCAUGUGCGAGUGAUCAGCUUCAGGCAGAGCGACCCUCCGCGGCGCAGCCUGCGGCUGUGGAGCCCUCUCCAGAGCAGGACCCAGCGGCCGCAUCCACAGAGGUGCGCUCCGAGGAGGCGCAGCUCAGAGCGGAGGCGCCCCUCGCGGAGCAGCUUUUGCCGACGCAGUCUCCUGCUGUGGAGUCCUCUCCAGAGCAGGACCCGGCGACCAUCCCUACAGAGACGCAGCCCGAGGAUGCAAAGCCCGAAGCGGAGGAGCAGCCCUCAGCAGAGCAGGCCUCGGCGGGCCAGGCUCCUGGUGCGGAGCCUUCUGCGGCACUGGGUCGCGUGGCCCCGCCCACGGGGGCCCAGCCCGAGGAAGCGCAGCCAGAAGCCGAGGAGCGUCCCCCGGCGAAGCAACCUCCCGCGUCGCAGCCUCUGGCAGCGGAGCCUGCUGCGGAAGAGGACCUGGCAGCCGAGCCCACAGAAGCACAGCCCGAGGCGGAGCUGGCCCCAGGGGCGGAGGCACGGCCCCCGACGGCACAUCACCACCAUCACCAUCACCACCAUCACCACCACCAGCGUCAUUCCCCGCUGGAUGAGUCUGCGACGGCGCAGCCUUCGGUGGCGGAGCCCUCUGGGGCACAGGAGGUGGUGCCCCCAUCCACAGAGGCACAGCCGGAAGAGGCGCAGCCCGAAGCAGGGCAGCCAGAAGCGGCGGAGCCCCCUGCGGCACGGACGCCUGCAGAACAACCGCUUGCCGCGCAGCAGACAGCCACAGAGCCCGCACCCGCCGAGCCGUCGCAGGAGAUUCUUGCAGCGGCUUGCGUGCAACCCUCGGCGGAGGAGCGGCCCCCCCUUGCAGAGCAGCCCCCCGCGGCGCAGCAGCCUCCGGCUGGGGAUCCUGCUGCGGCGCGGGCCCUCGCGGCCCCCGCCGCGGAGGCGCAGCCCGAGGAGGAGUUGCCCCGAGGGGUGGAGUCGCAGCUCCCGGCGCAGCAGCCCCCCACGGAAAUCCACCACCACCACCAUCACCAUCACCAUCACCACCACACGGCGGAGCAGCCCUCUGCAGCGCAGCCUCCGGCCGUGGAGCACUCUGCGGACCAGGGCCGCGCGGCCCCGCCCUCGGAGGCGCAGACGGAGCCGGCGCAGCCCGGAGCGGAGGACGAGCCCACCGCAGAGCAGCCUUCGGCGGCGCAGCCCGCAGCAGCGGAGCCGUCCGCGUCGCAGGCGGCCAAGGAAGCUUUCUUGGCGAAGGACGAGGGCGCCGAGGCGAAGGAUGAGCGCUUGGCUAAGGAGGAGGCCGAGCGCAAGGCGGAUGCCGAGCGCUUGGCCAAGCAGGAGGCCGAGCGCAAGGCGGAGGAGGAACGUUUGGCCAAGGAGGAGGCCGAGCGCAAGGUGGAGGCCGAGCGUUUGGCCAAGGAGGAGGCCGAGCGCAAGUCGGAGGCCGAGCGCUUGGCCAAGGAGGAGGCCGAGCGCAUCGCGGCGGCCGAGCGUUUGGCCAAGGAGGAGGCCGAGCGCAUCGCGGAGGCCGAGCGCUUGGCCAAGGAGGAGGCCGAGCGCAAGGCGGAGGAGGACCGUGUGGCCGAAGCCGAGCGCUUGGCCAAGGAGGAGGCCGAGCGCAUCGCGGAGGCUGAGCGCUUGGCCAAGGAGGAGGCCGAGCGCUUGGCCAAGGAGGAGGCUGAGCGCAAGGCGGAAGCGGACCGUGUGGCCGAAGCCGAGCGCUUGGCCAAGGAGGAGGCUGAGCGCAAGGCGGAAGCGGACCGUGUGGCCGAAGCCGAGCGUUUGGCCAAAGAGGAGGCCGAGCGCAAGGCGGAGGAGGAACGUUUGGCCAAGGAGGAGGCCGAGCGCAUCGCGGAGGCCGAGCGCUUGGCCAAGGAGGAGGCCGAGCGCAAGGCGGAGGAGGACCGUGUGGCCGAAGCCGAGCGCUUGGCUAAGGAGGAGGCCGAGCGCAUCGCGGAGGCCGAGCGCUUGGCCAAGGAGGAGGCCGAGCGUGUUGCAGAGGCCGAGCGUGUGGCCAAGGAGGAGGCCGAGCGUUUGGCCAAGGAGGAGGCCGAGCGCAAGGCGGAAGCAGACCGUGUGGCCGAAGCCGAGCGUUUGGCCAAAGAGGAGGCCGAGCGCAAGGCGGAGGAGGAACGUUUGGCCAAGGAGGAGGCCGAGCGCAUCGCGGAGGUCGAGCGCUUGGCCAAGGAGGAGGCCGAGCGCAAGGCGGAGGAGAACCGUGUGGCCGAAGCUGAGCGCGUGGCCAAGGAGGAGGCCGAGCGCAUCGCGGAGGCCGAGCGCUUGGCCAAGGAGGAGGCCGAGCGCCUGGCCAAGGAGGAGGCCGAGCGCAAGGCGGAGGCGGACCGUGUGGCCGAAGCCGAGCGCUUGGCCAAGGAGGAGGCCGAGCGCAUCGCGGAGGCUGAGCGCUUGGCCAAGGAGGAGGCCGAGCGCAAGGCGGAGGAGGAACGUGUGGCCGAGGCCGAGCGUGUGGCCAAGGAGGAGGCCGAGCGGCAGUCGGAGGAGGAGCGCUUGGCCAAGGAGGCGACCGAGCGCGAGCGCAAGGCGGAGGAGGAUCGUGUGGCCGAGGCCGAGCGCUUGGCCAAGGAGGAGGCCGAGCACGCGGCCAAAGAAGAGGCUGAGCGCGCGGCAGAGGCUGAGCGUGUGGUUGAGGCCAACCGUGUGGCUGAGGCCGAGCGCUUAGCCAAGGAGGAGGCCGAGCGCAAUCCGCAGCCUCCGACAGUGGAGCCCUCUGCGGCAAUGGACUUGGCUGAUUGGUUGGAGGAGGAGGCACAGCCCGAGCAGCCCGAAACGACUGUUUCCCCCUCGGCGGACCCCCCCGUGGCACAGCCCCCCGCGGAACAGCAAUCUACUGCGCAACAGCUCAGUGAGUACUCCUUGCCAGGUCAGCCUGCAGCGGCGGAGACUCCUGUGGCACAGGACCUGGGGGCCCUGCCCACCGAGGCACAGCCCGAAGCGACCAAAGCGCAGGCGGCCGCGGAGCAAGAUGAGGAGGAGUCCUUGGCAAGGGCAGCUCGGCGGAGUGGCCUGGCUGCGGCACAGGACCCAGCUGGGCAGCCCACGGAGGCGCAGCCGCCGGCCGAGCAGACGCAGGUGGACGCUCGCGAGGAGCAGCCAGUGGGGACGGAGCCCACGCCUGAACAGCAGGCGGCCGCAGAGGAGGAGGAGUCCUCGGCAAGGGCAGCUCGGCGGAGUGGCCUGGCUGCGGCGCAGGACCCAGCCGGGCAGCCCGCGGAGGCGCAGCCGCCGGCGGAGCAGACGCAGGUGGACCCUCGCGAGGAGCAGCCAGCGGGGACGGAGCCGACGCCUGAAGAGCAGGCGGCCGCAGAGGAGGAGGAGGAGUCCUCGGCAAGGACAGCUCGGCGGGGUGGCCUGGCUGCGGCACAGGACUCAGACGGGCAGCCCGCGGAGGCGCAGCCGCCGGCGGAGCAGACGCAGGUGGACCCUCGCGAGGAGCAGCCAGUGGGGACGGAGCCCACGCCUGAACAGCAGGCGGCCGCAGAGGAGGAGGAGUCAUCGGCAAGGGCAGCUCGGCGGGGUGGCCUGGCUGCGGCGCAGGACCCAGCUGGGCAGCCCGCGGAGGCGCAGCCGCCGGCGGAGCAGACGCAGGUGGACCCUCGCGAGGAGCAGCCAGUGGGGACGGAGCCGACGCCUGAACAGCAGGCGGCCGCAGAGGAGGAGGAGGAGGAGGAGUCCUCGGCAAGGACAGCUCGGCAGAGUGGCCUGGCUGCGGCGCAGGACCAAGCCGGGCAGCCCGCGGAGGCGCAGCCGCCGGCGGAGCAGACGCAGGUGGACCCUCGCGAGGAGCAGACAGUGGGGACGGAGCCCACGCCUGAACAGCAGGCGGCCGCAGAGGAGGAGGAGUCCUCGGCAAGGGCAGCUCGGCGGGGUGGCCUGGCUGCGGCACAGGACCCAGCCGGGCAGCCCGCGGAGGCGCAGCCGCCGGCGGAGCAGACGCAGGUGGACCCUCGCGAGGAGCAGCCAGUGGGGACGGAGCCGACGCCUGAACAGCAGGCGGCCGCGGAGGAGGAGGAGUCCUCGGCAAGGGCAGCUCGGCGGGGUGGCCUGGCUGCGGCACAGGACCCCUCUGGGCAGCCCACGGAGGCGCAGCCGCCGGCGGAGCAGACGCAGGCGACGGAGGAGGCUCCCAAGGCGCCGGACGAGAGUUCUGAGGUGGAGGCGUCACGGCUGGCCAAGGAGGAGGCUGAGCGUAAGGCGGAACUCGAGCGGAAUGCCGAGGCCGAGCGCUCGGCCAAAGAGAGGGCCGAGCGCAAUGCGGAGGCCGAGCGUUUGGACAAGGAGGUGGCCGACCGUAAGGCCGAGGCCGAGCGGUUGGCCAAAGAGGUGGCCGAGCGCAAGGCCGAGGCCGAGCUUCUGGCAAAGGAGGUGGCCGAGCGCCAAGCCGAGGCCGAGCGCGCUGCAGAGGCCGAGCGCCUGGCCAAGGAAGAGGCCGAGCGUGUAGCGGAGGCCGAGCGCUUGGCCCAGGAGGAGGCCGAGCGCAAGACCGAGGCCGAGCGCUUGGCCAAGGAGGAGGCCGACCGCCAGGCGGAAACCGAGCGCAAGACCGAGGCCGAGCGCCUGGCCAAAGAGGAGGCUGAGCGCACGGCCGAGGCCGAGCGCCUGGCCAAGGAGGAGGCCGAGCGCAAGGCGGCAGCUGAUCGCGUGGCCGAGUCUGAGCGCUUGGCCAAGGAGGAGGCCGACCGCAACGCGGAGGCCGAGCGCGCGGCCCCGGCGGAGGAGCUCCCGUACCGGCUCAACAUGUACGGGCAGCGGGUGUACAAGGCAAACAAGCCUGUCAGGGCGAUGAAGAAGGGUGCCCGGCUCAACGUGUACGGGCAGUAUGUGGAGGAGGAGGUGAAGCCUGCGGAGGAGCCCUCGGGGGCAGCGUCCUCCGCGGCGUCCGCGGCAGCCCCGUCCGCGGCGGCGCCGGCCGAGGCGGUGCAGCCCGGGGUGGUUCCGCCGGCGGCGAGGCUCCCCGCGGCGCAGCCUGCUGCCGCGGCGGCGCCAGAGGAG